CAAAUAACUUUCUCCAUUCUCAUUGGUCCACGUCAUCACCCAGAACCUUCCACUCCAAACCAAAAACUCACUAUUUACGUUUCUUCUUCCGUACCAAAAAAUUAAAAACAAAACGAAUAACACGAAUCAAUUUCAUUCACAAUCACUUUUUCUUCAUCACAAUGAAAUCGCUUAUUGUCUUCGGAAUCGCUUUUCUUCUCAUCCAUUCGUCACUCGCUUCUGACGCCAAUCCUCCAUAUCCCAAGGCUUUCUCCGAUUUGAAGGAAUCGAUUGUGAAAGGAUUAGGGUUUACAGCAGAAGAUGAUAUAAAGAUUACGGGGUUUGAUCCAAGAGAAGCUCAGGUUGGGCAUUCAGUAGAAUAUCAAUUCGAUGUUGAAAUUGAUGAUAAAGUUGUUCCUUUUAAGCUUCUUGAAGAUACCAAACGCUGGGAUUAUGUUGAUCUUCCAAUUUUUAGGAUUGAGGAUCAAAACGGUUUGGUUCAGAAAAAACGGGUUGAGGGAAAUGGGUUACCCGUUUUGGCUCCGUUUCAGCUUGCUGGACCUAUGGAGCUUUGGAUUCAAGAUGCUAAGGAUAUGAGAAUCUCUCUCCCUCAUGAUGUGGAUGCUGGGGUGUUGAAGAAAGUGGUUUUGGCUGAUGGUGCAGUGGUUACUGUGAAAGGUGCAAGAUCAGUGAGUCUUCGCCAUCCCCUUAAUUUACCUCUACCCUUAAACCGAACACAGAAUGGGUUUGCUGCUGGGCUUCUUACCUUGGCUGAGCAUCUACGCCAUGCUUCUCGUGGCCAGAGUGCUCCCCUUCUUUCACUCCGCAUUGUUGGUCCUACUUCACUUGAAGCUCCUUCUGCAUCAACCUCUCCCAAUAACAGGCUGAAGCUCAAGCGUCUUGCACCUGGUCUUGUGGAGUUAUCGUCUCAAUCAAAAGCAAAACUAAUUGACGCCCUCUCUACUGUUGAUCUCCAGGAGGAAGCACCGACUCUCCUUACUCCGACCCAGUUUACAGCAUUGUGGCCUCUUGCCUCCCUUAAUGGAUCAAACGCCAACUUGUUGGGUUUUGAGAGACUGUUAUCUUCUGUUCUCGGUCCUAAGGCUAAUGAAAAGGGUUCCUUCAGGUUGUUGAAGGCUGAUGUUUCUGCUCAGACUUUUGUAAAGGUAGGAUUUCAGGCUGAGAAGAAGUUGAAGGAAGGAGAUGGGGUUAGUUUUGAGGGUUUCCCUGAAUGGAGGACUAAGCCUGAGACUGUUAGAUUGCAUUUUGAGGUGCUGGCUAAAGUUGAUGGCGAUAAAGUCAUACCUGAGAGAGUAAUGCAAGUGAACCCUGUUGCUAUGGAGGACAGUGUAGCGUUAAAUAUACUGACUAACAAUGGGACGAUGUCAAAGAUGCCAAUUGUUCAGCCUCCGCCCAUCCCCUUCGCCCUGUAAUUAUUGGAAAGGGUUUGAUUUUUGUAUACUUUACCCAAAAGAAUUGUAGAGGGGAUUCUUUUGCCUUUGAUAUAUAGUACUUCAGAGUUAAGAUACUUUGUAAAAAUGCAAUGCUGAGUAAUGAGAAAGUUGUUUUAUUUGCUCA